GGUUAGAUUUUAGUGGAAAUUAAAGUGAAUGGCGAUGGAGAGCAUCAUCAAGGAGUUGAGGCAUCUGCUUGUGACGGUGUUCCUCACCGGCCUUGCCAGUUUCAUAGUCGUUCCGGCAAUCACCGACGUCACCAUCGCCGCCCUCUGCCCUUCCCAACCUCAGUGCUCUCUCGCCAUUUUCCUCUCCGGCUUCCAGCAAGCCGCGACGGGAGUAGGAGCAGUGGUGAUGACUCCGUUAGUGGGAAAUUUAUCGGACCAGUAUGGGAGGAAAGCCUUGCUUACACUUCCUCUAACGGUGUCAAUCAUUCCUCUAGUGAUAUUGGCGUGCAGCAGGGCCACCAGCUACUUCUACGCAUACUAUGCGGUCAAAACUGUAGCUGCCAUGGUUGGCGAAGGCAGCGUCAACUGCCUCACUCUUGCUUAUGUGGCAGACAAGAUUGAAGAGCACAAAAGGACAUCUGCAUUCGGAAUUAUUGGUGGUGUAGCCUCGGCAGCCUUCGUCUGUGGAACCUUAGCUGCACGUUUUCUUUCCACUGCUCUAACGUUUCAGGUUUCUGCGGUCCUAUCGAUGAUUGCAGUGGUGUACAUGAGAAUUUUCCUGCCGGAAAGUGUACCUGUUCGUGCUAGUGGUCUGAGACAGCCAAUGUUGGACGAAAGCGAGGAGGCACAUGUGAAGGAAGAGCGCGAGAUCACUGAUUCGGCACAAAGAACAAGCGGAAUAUUCAAGAGACUUCCCUCAGUAAGGAAUGCGAUUUGCUUGCUCAAGCGUAGUCCCACAUUUUCCCAAGCGGCUCUAGUUAUGUUCUUCAAUAGCCUUGCAGAUGGAGGGCUGCAGACGGCGAUUCUGUACUACUUAAAGGCUCGCUUCCAGUUCAAUAAGACCCAAUUUGCUGAUUUGAUGCUAAUUGGUGGCAUUGGAGCAACUCUUACACAACUGCUUCUCAUGCCCAUAAUAGUGCCUGCUCUAGGAGAGGAGAAACUGCUUACAGCAGGGCUGUUGGUCGGCUGCAUAAACAUCUUGGUUUACAGCGUAUCGUGGUCACCAUGGGUUCCUUAUGCCAUAGCAAUGUGCUCUGCUUUUGGAGUUGUUGUUCGCCCAAGUAUAUGUAGCAUUGCAUCCAAACAAGUUGGGCCCAGGGAACAGGGAAUGGUUCAAGGAUCUCUUUCAGGAAUUAGUUCCUUCGCCAACAUCAUUUCUCCAUUAAUUUUCAGUCCACUGACAGCCUUGUUCCUGUCGGAAAAAGCACCAUUUGAUUUUCCUGGCUUUAGUAUAAUGUGCGCUGCUCUGGCAAUGAUAAUUGCUUUCAUACAGAGUAUAAUGAUCCGAGUUGACCCAUCUGAUGUCGGCGGUAAAGGCUGCGCGGAUCCCUUAGUCUGAGAAGGGGAUGAGUUUUGGAUGCAAGGUAGAGGCCUUCCGUGCUUCAUGUUGCGCUACACCAAAAUGCUUGUUCAAGGAUAAUCUACCAACUAUGAGAUCUUUUUUUUUUUUGGUCCUGUAUAUAACAUUAUAAUUUGAAAUAUGUAAUUUGUAUCACAGUGUGUUUUGAUAUUUUGUAACAAUGCAAUGGGCAUGCAAUUUAUGUUUGGUAGCAAGUUCUUUUGUUUUUUCUUUCUAA